AUGCCGCCAGAAUCACCCCAACUUCUCCACCGGACCAACCAACAAUCGUCACAACCGAUCCAUAUCGCCUCCUCGACCUUCCCAUCCAUGCCCAAUUCCAAUGUCAACCCCACCUCUGCAACCACUGCCUCUGCCUUCUCCCCGCAAUCGUCCCCGCUCUUCAAGAUGAACAACCCAGCCUCGAUUGUCAAGCAGCCACAGGCAAAACGUCGGUACAGCCCACAACACUUUUAUCAGAACCGCAUCCUUGACCCUUACGUCCAUCAAGCCGUCAGUCCGAUCACACUCCGUCAAUUGGUCUUUUUCGGUCGGAACAUGCAGGAGGAUAAGCUGCUCAAGUCAGCCAACUAUGUCCGGACAGAGCUCCCCAUUCGUCUGGCCCAUCGAAUCCGCGACUUCCAGAACCUGCCCUUUAUCGUUGGAACCAACCCCCAUAUCGAGCUCGUCUAUGAUCUCUACUGGCUGGCCUUUGAGAAGAUUGUUAAGAUCCCGGAGAUCAAGACGUUGGAGGAGAACGAUGCCUUUUGUGAGAUGGUCAAAGGACUCUUGAACGACCACCUCGUUGUCAUCCCGCAGUUGGCGUUGGGCAUCAUGGAGUGCUCCAAACAUAUCCCUGCAGCCCAGGUCGACCAGUUUAUGAGCAAGAUGCUUCGGUCCAGGAUCUCUCGGCGUGUUCUUGCGGAACAACACAUCACUCUCACCAACAACUUUAAUUCGCCCAAUCACAUGAUGACCGACCGUGGAUACAUUGGAAUCAUCUGCACCCACAUCAAGCCCAAGGACAUUGUCGAAAGGACCGCCCUCCUCGCUGCCGACACCUGUCGUCAGGCCAGUGGAGGGAUGGCGCCGCCCAAGGUCCUCCUCGAUGGCAACAUUGACGCAGAGUUCACUUACAUCCCCGACCACAUCGAGUACAUCCUCUAUGAGCUCCUCAAAAACUCCAUGCGGUUCGUCAUGCAGAACGGGAAGCGGGAUCCAACCACAGGAGAGUUACCACCAAUCCAGGUCACCGUCUGUGAAGGCACCCACGAAAUUGUGUUCCGUGUCUCGGACAAGGGAGGUGGAAUCCACCCAGAGAUGGAGUCUCAGCUCUGGUCCUAUGCCCAGUCCCCAGCUCGUUUUGCCAAUUUCGAAAAAAUCUCGAAGAUGGCCGCGACUGUUCAUGAGCAGGUUGCCCAGCCACCUUCGCCUUCCUCCUCUGCAUCUUCCAGGGAAAUCGACAGCCACGAACAGGACGAAAACGUUGUCCUCCCACCACCCCCAGCAGCCAACAAGAACCCAACCUACCAGCCCAGCGAAGCGGCCUUGCUUCUGGACCGCCACGCACCAUCCUGGAACCAAUCUGCCCAGAAAUCCUCCUUCUCAACUUCAACUUCCUCACCGCAGUACAAGAACCAGUCGCUACAUUUGGGAAUUGGUCUUCCUAUGAGCCGAGUCUAUGCCGAGUAUUGGGGAGGCGACCUCAAGGUCUUUACCAUGCACGGCUAUGGCACCGAUGCCUAUGCCAAGUUCUGCAAGUUUGGCAACAUCUACGAGAACUUUGACUCUUAA